CCCAACUGUGACGUCAGCGCCUUCCGACGAGUUCCGUCCAGAGGUUUGCGGUGGGGCCGGGGGCUGGACAUGGCCCCCCGUCCCCAGCCUGACUCCUGCCUCGUCGGCAGCCCCCUCGGCCUGAUAUGUGUGUCCCUUUUGCUCAUCCCAGCUGCAGCUGGAACCUACUGCGAGUGCAGCCUUGGCCUCAGCCGCGAGGCCCUGAUCGCCCUGCUCGUGGUGCUGGCGGGUGUCAGUGCCAGCUGCUUCUGUGCUCUCGUCAUCGUGGCGGUUGGCGUCCUGCGAGCCAAGGGUGAAACAUGUCCUGGACACAUGGACAGCAGGUUGGUGGGGCACUUCGGGGUGCAGGAAGAUCACAUGGACUUGCACACGGUGCAUGUGGAGUCCCACCUUGUGGAGCCUGACCUGGAGGUCUCCAUGAUGCCGUCCCUGGAGGAUCACGGCCUCAUGACCAUCCCCAUGGACUCGACGGCUCCAUGUGUGACUCUGGAGGAGCCGCCCUGCCCACCCCCACCACUUGAGUAGGGCUGCACAGCGAGGGGGAAGGGGAAUUAAACAGUAUUUAGUAGUU